CGGCAGCCACGCCGCACGACACGCGGCCACUUCCUGCACAGCUGAAGGGUGGAACAAGGCGGAAGUGACAGUCGAAGAGAGAGGUGCAUUUAUUUUUCUCUCGCUGAGCAGUUGGACUGAUAUUUAUCACUCAACAUGCCGGCGUAUCACUCGAGCCUGAUGAUCCCUGAAACCAGGCUGGUGGGGAACAUGGCUCUGCUCCCCCUCAAAACCCAGUUCAAGGGUCCAGCAAGAGGAGACGGCAUAGAGUCAGACAUCAUCGACGAGGCGAUUUACUACUUCAAGGCCAACGUUUUCUUUAAGAACUAUGAAAUCAAGAAUGAGGCCGACAGGACGCUGAUCUAUGUCACACUCUACAUUUCUGAAUGCUUAAAGAGGCUACAGAAGUGUAGCUCCAGGAGCCAGGGAGAGAAGGAGAUGUACACUCUGGGCAUCACUAACUUUCCCAUUCCUGGAGAACCUGGCUUCCCUCUCAACGCUAUGUAUGUUAAACCUGCAAACAAGCAGGAGGAAGAGACCAUGAGGGCCUACCUCCAGCAGAUCCGCCAGGAGACUGGCUUGAGGCUAUGUGACCGCGUGUUUGAUCCCCAGACAGACAAACCCAGCAAGUGGUGGGUGUGCUUUGUCAAGAAGCAGUUCAUGAACAAAAGUCUGUCAGCUCCUGGACAGUGAACGACUCAGGGACCCACGGUUUCUAUUCUACACCUGCAAGAUGGAUGGGAAGUUUUCUUUUGGAUGGGGUGUGCUUUUGUGUCGCUAAGAUGAUUUUAUACUAUUUCAGUUAAAGGAUACUCUUGUCUGGAUGUUGACCAUAUUGAGCUGGUGCUUAAUUCAAUAAAGCGGUCAUGGAGAUUGGAAAAUAA